UCAUCCCGCUACCUGAUCUCUACUAGAAUCUACCAUCCCACUGCUAUUCGCUGUAAAGCAGAAAUUGACGAAUCUACCAGCGCAUGUUCAGUCGGCAUUACGGUAAAAGCACUCCUACUGGGCAUUACGGUGUCUGCGCCAAGACGUCAGAGGAAAGUAAGAUGGCUGCCGGUCUGAAGGCGGAAGUGGGUCAGUGCAGGUGGCCGUGCUUCUUGUGAGACCACCCUGCAUGGACUCAUCGCCAUGAGCAACAAGGAGAUGGUUUCCACAGGUUACACUGAGAGUAAAGGACAGAGGAACAAGCUGCUGGAGUGCCUCCCUCGCUCGUCCUGUCUGCCCAACGAGCGUCUGAGAUGGAACACUAAUGAUGAGAUCGCGUCUUAUCUGGUAAGCUUUGACAAGCAUGACGAGUGGCUCUCCUGCACCCUGAAAACCAGGCCAAAGAACGGCAGCAUCAUCCUCUACAAUAGAAAGAAGGUCAAGUACAGGAAAGAUGGCUACUGCUGGAAGAAACGCAAGGAUGGGAAGGACACCCGAGAGGACCACAUGAAGCUGAAGGUGCAAGGCAUGGAGUGUCUCUACGGUAACUACGUCCAUUCCGCCAUUGUGCCAACAUUCCACCGCCGGUGCUAUUGGCUGCUGCAAAACCCAGACAUUGUGCUGGUCCAUUACCUGAACGUGCCCUCCCUAGAGGAUUCUGGGAAAUGCAGUCCACUGCUGUGUGCCGUGACCAGUCGCCACGACAGCAUGAAAUGGAACCGCGACGACUUGCUCGGACAGCUCAAGCCCAUGUUUCACAGCAUCAAGUGUUCCGGCGGGAGUGGUGAUUUCAGCAUCGAGGAGAUGGUGCAGCUCAUCCUGGAGCGCCAGAGAACCAAACCGCAGCCGCGCACGCACGCCUGCCUCUGUAACGGCAACCAGGGACGGAACAUUCCCCACAGCUGCAACAGCACCAAGCAUCGGAUCAUCUCCCCCAAGCUGCCCCCCUCGUCCUCCUCGCCGCUGUCCUUGGAGACGGGGGAGCUUGGGGGCGGCGGGGGGGACGCCAAACUGCCCCAGCUCCAGGCUCAGGGCAGCCCCGCCUCCUCUCCCAGCCCCGCCUCCACGUCGGCCACGUCCCCGCCACUGACCACCGUGGCGCUGCCGCACAAUGCCCUCAUCGUCAUGGCGACCACCACCGCCAUCUCCAGGGGCGGCGGAGAGGAUCCGCCCAAGGAGAGCCUGUCGCUGGGCCGCUCCAGCCAAUUACUUCUCUCGCCCUCCCUCCCCCAUCACGGCAAGCCUCCCUUGCCCUGCCCGCCCUCCCCCACAACUCCCUCCCACCCCGCGCCCGUGCACCACACCCUCUCCCUCACCCUCCUUCCCUCGCCCGUCAUAGGAGGCCUGCUUCUCGCUCCCUCCUCUUCCGACUCCCCUCCCCUGUCUUUUUCUUCACCCUCUCUCCCCCCGCCAUUCCUCCCGCCCGCUUUUGACCCAGACUCCUUCCUGAACUCCCCCAAGCAGGGCCAGACAUACGGCGGACCCCUUCCUCCCAUCAUCUGCGCCGCCUCCUCCCCGCUCUCUCCCUCCUCUCUGGCGCUGUCGCCCACGUCCACCCCGCCCUCGUCCAUCUCCCCUCCCUCGUCGCUGUCUUCGUCCUCCUGCGAGACGGACAGGAAGGACUCGGCCUCGCUUCCGCCUUCCUUCCUCCUGUCGCCCACUUCCUCGGUGGCGCCGCCACUCCUUCCCCUCUGUCUGGAGCUGGGAGCUGUCGAGGUCCCGGCGGAGGCGGUGGGAUGCGACCUUGAGGGAAAUGAGCGGGGAGAUGACGUUCGCAGCCUAGCGCCUCCCACGAAGCUGCAGCAGCCCAGCCUGUCGUCAACGCCAGGAAGUGGCACCGCAUCGCAGGAGCGGCCCUACGGUCACCUGCCCGGACCCCCCGCCUCCGCCAACCCAGAAGAUGUCACCAUGGAAACCUCCGCUCAGGCGCCGCCCGCCCUGCAGGUGAAGGAGGUCAACGGGCCGGGCCACGAUGCCGACACCCCUCCCAUGGACACGCAGCAGGAAGUGGAGGAUCUAGAAAUCUCCUUCGACAGCCAGUUUCCGGACCUCAUCUCUGACCUCAUCACAGUGGAGGCCAAUCCUGUGGCGGCGGCGCCUCCUUCCGCUCCCGCCGACGUGGCCCCCAACCCGGUCGUUUUCUCAGCUGGGAUUCGCUACGUGGUGCCCCCGCAACCUUCCCCUUCCACUUCCUUCCUCCCCUUUCCUCACCCGCUGCCGUCUUCGUCGCCGCUCGCCUCCAUCACGGACUUCUCCCCGGAGUGGUCGUAUCCCGAGGGUGGGGUGAAAGUGUUGAUCACAGGACCGUGGAGUGAGCAGUCGGGUCGCUACACGUGCGUAUUUGAUCAGAGCGCUGUCCCGGCUUCGCUGAUCCAGCCCGGCGUGCUGCGCUGCUACUGCCCUGCCCACGAGGCCGGUCUGGUGUGUCUUCAGGUUGUGGAGUCCGGGGGUUCCGUGUCAUCGUCGGUUCUGUUCGAGUACCGCGCCAGGAAUGCCAGCUCGCUGCCCAGCUCUCAGCUCGACUGGCUGUCAUUGGACGACAAUCAAUUCAGGGUGUCCAUCCUGGAGCGCCUGGAGCAGAUGGAGCGCAGGAUGGCAGCGAUGGCGGCCCGCGACAUCGCGCAACGACAACAGCAGCAGCAGCGACGUGGCAGCCAAAUGGCCGCCACCGCACCCCUUCCUCCGCACACACCCGAGGACCGCAACCAGUCGUCCCAGUGGUUCGAGAGGAGGAUCGUGCGAGUGUGCGAGAGGAUGAUGAGAGGAGUGCGGUGGAGCGGAGGCGACGAAGAGCGGCUUCAACACUCGGCGCUCCACCGAGGGAUGACGCUGCUCCACCUGGCCGCCGCGCAGGGUUACACUCAUCUGAUACACACGCUGAUAACCUGGAGACGUGUACACAGCGACAGUUUGGACCUGGAACAGGAAGUUGACCCUCUUAACGUGGACCACUUCUCCUGCACGCCGCUGAUGUGGGCUUGCGCUCUGGGCCACCGGAGCGCGGCGGAGCUCCUGUACAGCUGGAGCGGCGUGGCUCUCGGGAUCCCGGACUCGCUGGGCCGCCUCCCGCUGGCCGUGGCCCGCUCGCGAGGGCACACGUGUCUGGCCGCCGCUUUGGAGGAGCUGCACACGCUUGCCGCGGCCUCGCCCGCGUCGACGAGCCCGGACACAGGCGUCAGCUCCUCCAGCAGCCUCCCCUCCUCUCCCUCCCAAAGUUCGGCCGCCCCCAUGGACACCUCCCCCUCGUCCCCAUCCUCAUCCUCCUUGUCCUGCUUGCCAGUGGAGGAGCCGCACGCAGCUUUGACCCUCUCGGAGUGUCCGAACGAGGGCCCUGCGUGCCCCCGCCUGGCGCCCACGCUGGCAGAGCAGCUCCUGAGCUACAGCGACAACAUGGAGAACGAGGAGGACGAGGAGGAUGAGGAGGAAGAGGAGGUCGACAUGGCGACACUUGCGGAGCAAAUCAUAGAGGCGACGCCGGAGCGAAUCAAACACGAGGAAUUUGCCGGGGGGGCCGACUCGAUGCUCAGUGAGAGGCGGGACAUCCAGGACACCUGGCUGGCGACCUACCUGGACACGGUGGACGCCCACGCGGAUGCCCUGCCCAGGGUUCUGCGUCUGCGCAGGCGGGUGUGCCCCCCCUCGCCUCUCAGCGCGUUGGCCCUCCAGAGGUUGCGCCCUCCCUCCUCUGCGGCAUGGGCAGAGUUUCUGAACGCGUCGGCCAACGGGAGGAUGGAGCGCGACUUUGCCCUGCUGACGCUGACGGACGGCGAGCAGAGGGAGCUCUACGAGGCGGCCAGGAUCAUCCAGAACGCCUUCCGGAGAUACAAGGGUCGCAGGUUAAAGGAGCAGCAGGACAUGGCCGCAGCCGUCAUUCAGAGAUGCUACCGCAAAUAUAAACAGCUAACAUGGAUAGCUCUCAAGUACGCCAUCUACAAGAAGAUGACCCAGGCGGCCAUCUUGAUCCAGUCCAAGUUUCGCUCAUACUACGAGCAGAAGCGCUUCCAGCAGAGUCGGCGCGCGGCUGUGCUCAUCCAGCAGUACUACCGCAGCUACAAGGAGUACGAGAGGCUCAAACAGAGCCCGGGCAUCUGCGGCGCAGGCCACAACCCCAAAAUCAAGGGGACCUACCUGACCAAGAAACAGGACCAGGCUGCACGCAAGAUCAUGAGGUUCCUGAGACGUUGCAGGCACCGGAUCAAGGAGCUGAAGCAGAACCGGGAGCUGGAGAGACGAGGUCUGACCACGUAAAACCACAGCGUAGACCCCCGCUCGGCAUCCUGAUGAAUGUAGUUCCUGACAGGGAGUGCGUGGAGGCCAAUGUCCAUCUUUGUUCAUAUUGACAUGUCGGUACGCAUGAAUCCACACGUACAAUACACGGGACUUUUCAAAUGCUGUUAUUUAUGACUGCAAGUGAGUCUUAAUGAACUGAACUGUGAUUCAGAGACAGCAGUCUCACUCGUUUUGCAUGACAUCGACAAAAGAGGCAUGUAGAGAAAUAUAUCAGCUUUAUUUCAAACACGCUUUGAACAUCAAAAAAGCAAAGCAUUGUGAAAUGUGUCGUUCACAUGCUUUGUGUGUGUGUGUAUGUAAAAAAAAAAAUUAAAACAAAACAAUCAUCAAUAUCUGAUCAACAAUGAAAACAAACUAAACAAUGACUAAACGAGAACAGUGUGUAUGUGUCAACAAGGUCCGGGGAACAUCAGAGCGGCUCAGCUCCGGGUCAUCACAUGCCCUGUCUGAUACUUUGGAUGAUCUGGAAGAUGGCUGCAACACACAUUGACACGCUCAAGUGGAGGACUUGAAGUGCUGACGUCUGAAUGGACUCACCUGAUCCACAAACCACGAAGACGAAGAGCGCCAGAAGCCACGGACCCACCGGAGACUUGUCUUCGUUGACCGGCCGCUGCAAGACAAAAACUCCCGCGGUCAUUUUCGGAAUGGAAGCAGCUCAGAGCAGCAAAUGACGUAGAAAUCGAGGCGCUAAAAGAGCGUCGGUCCGGUUAGCUGUGCUCCUUCGCUGUCGGUAACUACCGAGGUUUUCUGGACGUGUCCCCGCUGCGUGAUGGUUUUGCUGUGCCGUUCGUUCGCCACCUUCAUUCGCUGCACCGCCGACAUGGUUGCGGACCGGAGUAGAACCGGGACGGGAGGGCGACGACGCGGAUUGGUACCGAAAGAGCGGCGCUGCUCCUCGCGGCAGACCUUAACUGUUAGCAAUAGCCACCAGGCGGAGGGGAGCUCGUCACGUGACGCGGUGGUUAGCAAUAGCCUCCAGACGCAGGCCUGCUCGUCACGUGACGCGAUGAGACUUCUUCGCGGCAUUCAAGCGUCGGUGGGCUUAGACCGCCGCCAGCUGGACGGCGUCGCAAUCAUUUUUACCCUCACGGAAAUCAAAAGUGAAAGGAAAUCAGUGAAGCUAAUGUGUGUUUUUUUUAAUCAAAGCGUGAACGUCAACCAGACAAAAUGAUUAAAAUGGGAAUGUAUAACUUCCAAAGUGAACGUCUCAUAGACAUGACAAACCAAAACAAAAAUCGCUCAAGCAGUAAUUCGAUUCAUACAAAAUAAAAGCGAGUACAAUACAGCUCAACGUAACAGGAAAAAGUAUUGUAUUUUUUUUUCUUAACCAAAGUACAUGUCAGCUUCCUUUUAAACGGGGCCUAUUGACCCGUGGGUUGGACCGUGUGUCAUCGAAGUUAUUUAACCCUGGUUUACAUCACUCUGAGGACAAGUGUUAGCAAAAAUUACAUAGAUGGCCUCAGCUUUUGACGCAUGGGUUGUGUCAAGGUUGCUGAUGAUAGAGGUUGUUGUUGUUUUUUGCUCCAGAUUCCUCCUCAUUCAAGGUGGAAAUCUACCCUAAUGAAGACAAUUGUGAAAGAAAAGAAUGGAUAAUUGGCCUAAACCAAAGUGAUUCUUGGGUUUGACCAUGUGUCAAGAGGGGAUCGUAGAGAUUAUUUUUCCCAACACUGAUAUCCACCAGUUUUGUAAUCAUUCGAAGACAUUUACCCAAUGAGUACUGGAGAAAAAAAGAUGGAUUUGUGAUUGAAGUAGAAGACAACUAAUGAACUUUUUCCUCUUUAUUUCAUUCUUUCUGUCACACACACUUUCAUCCAGUAAUGGAAUGUUGUCCCAGUACAACAACUUGUCAACACUCAAAUGCACAUGUUUAACACACGCUUGUCU